UACACACCAACAUGGAAGAAACAAAAUGGGUGGUGCAAAUCAAUGAAGAACUCAAAGGCAAUGGUCCUUCAAUAUGCGAUGAGAAGGAACAAUGGAAGAGGCCAUCAAUUUACAAAAUUCCACAAAGUGUAACCGAGCUUAACAAGAAGGCCUAUGAGCCACAAGCAGUGUCAUUUGGUCCUUACCACAAAGGUAAGGAUCAUUUGCAUGCCAUGGAAGACCACAAGCACCGUGCCCUAAUCCAUUACCUCAAGAGAUGCAACAAGUCCAUUGAAUUGGUGUUCCAAAGAAUGGACCAAGUUGUGCAAGAGUUGAAGGAUUCUUAUAGGCCACUUGAUCCAAUAUGGGAUCAAGACAAGAACAUGUUCCUUCAAUUGAUGAUUGUUGAUGGGUGUUUCUUGUUGGAAAUUCUUAGAGCUAGUGAUUGUGUUCCAAGUGAUUAUGCUGAGAAUGAUCCUGUGUUUAGUGGACAUGGGAAAUUGUAUGUCAUGCCAUAUAUCAAGCGUGACAUGCUUAUGCUUGAGAAUCAAUUGCCUAUGUUGGUUCUUCAUACCUUGAUUGAGAUUGAGAGUGAUGGCCAACCCCAGGAUGAUGAAUUAUUGAACAAGCAAAUGCUAAGAUUCCUGUCUCCAACGACAACUAUAAGGGGUAAAAUGGGAAAAUGCAUGCAUGCAUUGGACGUAUACAGAAAGGGCCUUGUCAUGCAAGGACCAACCCACCCAACACGUAUUGUAAAAUCCACAACCCAUAGAAACUGCUGCUACAGGUGGUUCACGGCGGACUCCGAGUACAGCACCACCGAUGAGAUCAUCCGCUCUGCCACCGAGCUCCAUGAAGCCGGCAUUUGGUUUAGGAAAUCAAGCAGUCACAGCCUUCAAGACGUCUCUUUCGACCGCGGCAUACUUCGACUGCCGACCAUGGUGGUCGACGACACCACCGAACCCAUGUUCCUUAAUCUCAUGGCGUUCGAGCGACUCCAUGUUGGAGCAGGCAACGAGGUAACAUCAUAUGUGUUCUUCAUUGACACUAUAAUUGACGAUGAGAUAGACGUUGCCUUGCUCCACAGGAGAGGGAUCCUAGUGAAUGCCUUAGGGUGUCACAAGGACGUGGCCAAGCUCUUCAACUCGCUGUCCAAGGACAUCACUGCGGACCGCCAAGGGGUUCUGGACGUGGUGCAGAUGAGCUUGAGCAACUACUGCAAGAAGCCAUGGAACAAAUGGCGCGCCAAUCUCAUCCACACCUACUUCCGAAACCCCUGGGCUAUGAUCUCACUUGUUGCCGCCAUGCUCCUAUUUGCACUCACCAUUGUUCAAACAGUGUAUGCUAUUCUUGAUUUUUACCAAAGUAACAAUGGUGAUGGCUCCCCCCCAGCUACUAAGCCGCCUAGGCUACCAAGGCUAAGCUCUUAUCCACCAGACUACUACUUUACUCCCUAGUGAAUGUUCUCCAUUAAUUAAUGUAAAUCAUCUUGUUUUUUAUUUUAUUUUUUC